CGAUUAUACGGGAGAAAGUUCAGCAGAGAAGAUCAUGUGCUUUUUAUCAAGUUGUUGUACGAGUUGGUAACGAUUCCAAAGCUGGAGAUCAGCAUGAUGCAAGGAUUUGCACGCCUGUUGAUAAACCUGUUAAAGAAAAAAGAACUGCUUUCCAGGGAUGAUUUAGAGUUACCAUGGAGACCACUCUAUGAAAUGUUGGAAAGGAUAUUGUACUCCAAAACAGAACAUCUUGGAUUAAAUUGGUUUCCCAAUUCUGUAGAAAGUGUUCUGAAAACACUUGUGAAGAGCUGCAGACCGUAUUUUCCAGAAGACGCCACUGCAGAGAUGCUGGAUGAGUGGAGACCCUUAAUGUGUCCAUUUGAUGUUACCAUGCAAAAGGCUAUUACCUACUUUGAACUGUUUCUGCCUACUACUCUUCCUCCUGAACUUCACCAGAAAGGUUUCAAGCUUUGGUUUGAUGAAUUUAUAGGCCUUUGGGUGUCAGUUCAAAAUCUUCCCCAAUGGGAAGGGCAUCUAGUAAAUCUUUUUGCUCGCUUGGCUACUGACAACAUUGGGUACAUAGACUGGGAUCCAUAUGUACCAAAGAUUUUUACCCGAAUUCUGAGGAGUUUAAAUCUUCCAGUGGGAAGCAAUCAAGUUCUUGUUCCAAGAUUCUUAACAAAUGCUUAUGACGUAGGACAUGCAGUAAUGUGGAUCACAGCCAUGAUGGGUGGACCAAGUAAACUAGUGCAGAAGCACUUGUCUGGAUUGUUCAAUAGCAUUGCCUCUUUUUACCAUCCUUCAAAUAAUGGGCGCUGGCUGAACAAACUGAUGAAACUACUUCAGAGGUUGCCCAGUGGUGUUGUCAGAAGGCUGCAUCGCGAGCGCUACAAGAAAAUGACUUGGUUAACUCCUGUGCCUGAUAGUCAUAAACUCACUGAUCAGGAUGUUACUGACUUUGUAGAAUGCAUUAUUCAACCUGUUCUUCUGGCUAUGUUUAGUAAAACUGGAAGCCUGGAGGCUGCCCAAGCCCUGCAGAACCUUGCACUGAUGCGUCCUGAAUUAGUAAUUCCACCUGUACUUGAGAAAACAUAUCCUGCACUUGAGACGUUGACGGAACCUCAUCAGCUCACAGCUACGUUAAGCUGUGUAAUUGGAGUAGCUCGUAGCCUGGUGUCUGGGGGGAAGUGGUUUCCUGAAGGUCCAACACACAUGCUACCUCUGCUGAUGAGAGCGUUGCCUGGGGUGGAUCCUAAUGACUUCAGCAAAUGUAUGAUUACAUUCCAGUUCAUUGCAACAUUUUCUACUUUGGUGCCUUUAGUAGAUUGUUCAUCUGUAUUGCAAGAAAGAGAUGAUCUUUCAGAGGUGGAAAGAGAAUUGUGCUCUGCAACUGCUGAAUUUGAGGAUUUUGUACUACAGUUCAUGGACAGAUGUUUUGGACUUAUAGAGAGCAGCACGCUAGAACAAACCAGAGAGGAGACUGAAACUGAGAAAAUGACUCACCUGGAGAGUCUGGUGGAAUUAGGUCUCUCUUCUACUUUCAGUACAAUCCUUACUCAGUGCUCAAAGGAUAUCUUUAAGGUUGCUUUGGAGAAGGUCUUUAACUUUGCUAUUUCAAAUAUAUUUGAGACGAGAGUUGCUGGCCGAAUGGUUGCUGAUAUGUGCCGAGCUGCAGUAAAAUGCCGCCCUGAGGAAUCCUUGAAGCUGUUUGUACCACAUUGCUGCAAUGUUAUAACUCACCUCACAGUCAAUGAUGAUGUGUUGCAUGAUGAAGAACUAGAUAAGGAGCUACUUUGGAACCUUCAGCUUUUGUCAGAGAUCACUCGAGUGGAUGGCAAGAAGUUGCUACCGUACAGGGAGCAGCUUGGGAAGAUACUGCAGCGAACCCUACAUCUAACCUGUAAGCAGGGUUACAUUCUGUCUUGUAACCUACUGCACCAUCUUCUUCGUUCUGCUACACUUAUCUACCCCACAGAGUACUGCAGUGUGCCAGGUGGCUUUGACAAGCCUCUUUCUGAAUACUUUCCUAUCAAGGACUGGGGUAAACCAGGUGACCUGUGGAACUUGGACAUCCAGUGGCAUGUUCCUUCAUCUGAGGAAAUAAACUUCGCUUUUUAUUUGCUGGAUACUUUUCUUCAGCCUGAGCUCACCAGACUAGAGCACUAUGCACUUGGAAAACUGGAAAUGUCCAGAGAUGAUGUGCAGCAGUGUCUUGCUAUAGUGCAUAACUGCUUGAUUGGUUCUGGGAACGUUCUGCCUCCUCUGAAAGGAGAAAAGGUGGCUCAUCUGUAAGUAAAAUUGAUUUUUAUAUCACAAACAUUUUUAGCAACUCAUACUGGUUUUAGUGCUUAUUGCUAUUAUCACGCAACUGCUUCUAGUGGCUAUUUUUAA